AUGCAUCCAGAAAUCAAGAAACUGGCCAUGGUUGGCUGCGGUGCCAUGGGAGGUGGAAUGGCACUGCUAUUUGCUGAGAAAGGCAUCGAUGUACUCCUGAAGGACCCCUCCAACGAAGCCAUGGACAAAGUCCUUAAAAUCGCCAAAACGGAUGGCGUCGCCGGCCGGAUUUCGAAAUAUCAAGACUACAAGUCAUUAUGCCAGAGCUUUKAUUCCAUCAAGGUGUUUGUAUGGUCGCUGCCGCAUGGAUAUGUGGGAGACAGAGUACUUGAUGAGCUCAUGCCUCAUCUCGAGGUUGGGGAUAUCAUCAUUGAUGCUGCCAAUGAGCAUUGGGAGAACUCGGAGCGGAGGAUUGGCAAGUGUCACACCAAAGGCAUCAGAUACGUUGCCAUGGGUGUUUCUGGUGGUUAUCAAGCAGCCCGCCGCGGACCUUCCAUGUGUCCCAGCACUGACGCAGAGACUUUCGACAUCGUCAUGCCACUUCUUGAGAAGGCUGCGGCCAGAGCACCAGAUGGCACUCCAUGCGUAGCGAGAAUCGGAACAGGCUCUGCUGGACAUUACUGCAAGAUGAUCCACAACGGUAUCGAGCACGGCAUGAUGUCUGCCGUUUCUGAAGCCUGGGGGAUCAUGAAAAAUGGCUUGGGCAUGGAUAACGAUCAAAUUGCCUUCGAGUUCCACAAAUGGAACACUCAUGGUGAGCUCCAAGGCACAUUCCUCGUUCGUAUCGCCGCCGAAAUCUGUGCGACUUUCGACGAUCAAGGCAAUCGAGUUCUGGAUAGUGUGGGGGACAAAGUCGUGCAGGACUUCACUAGGGAGGAGGGUACGGGAAUCUGGUCCAAUACUGAGGCUAUCAUGCAGCAUGUCCCAGCUCCGACAUUAGCUGCUGCUCAUUUCCUGCGCUUGGCCUCWGGCAAUCUCCACGAGCGCCGCAAAGCAGCGAAGAACUUUGGCAACUCGACCUGGCAAGCCAAGAAUAUGGAAGAUAUUGACUCUGUUGACGGUUACCUAGAAGGCCUACGUCUAGCAGUCUAUGCCACCUGUCUUGCCUCUUAUAUUCAAGGCAUGAACAUCAUUGACAAGGCGGAUAAGAUGUACAAGAUGAACGUCAAUUAUCUGGGUCUGCUUCAGAUCUGGCGCUCGGGAUGUAUCAUCCAAGCAGAUGCAAUGUCCUCGAAUGUCUUGAUGCCCAUCUACAAGAACUACAAGACCAAAGCCGACAAGAAUCCAAUGUUCGAGUCGAUCGUGGCGAGCGAGUUUAGGAAUUGCAUGGAGGGUAAUGAUGUGGAAGAAGGCAUGAAAUGGACUGUAAUGCACGCUCUCAAAGGCGAUCAGCAUGUUCCAGCCAUGACUGCGGCACUGGAAUGGAUCAAAUAUCAAACCAGCACGGAUUUACCGACGAGCAUGUAUGAGGCGCAGCUGGAUUACUUUGGCAAGCACAUGUAUGAUCGUAAGGGAGAAGUAGAAGAUGCAGAGGGAUUGCCCACUGUGGGCAAGUAUCACUACGAGUGGAAGAAGGCUUGA